GGCUUUGCGCGCACCUCUCACACCGAGCGGCGGGGGCAGGGCGAGCAGCGGAGCGCCGAGCGCAUCGAUACGGGUUAGGCAUGAUUGCGGAGCCAUGUUGGGAGUCCUGCUGAUUGGCCUGUUCCUGCCCCAGGUGCUAAGUGAGGGGGGCACUGGGGACUCCCGCUGGGUUCGGUACCUGAAUCGUAUCCGCAGGGCUGCGCAGAGUCAUUCCACCCCCGACAGUCAAAAUGGAACGUUCUACUAUAGGGUGCUGCAAGAAGACCUGGCGCCGUUUGGAUCGGGGAUCUCUAGGGACCUGAUGCAGAAGGUUCUGAGCCGGAAGCUGGGGACCCAUUAUCAGAUCAUUAACCAUCGGCUGUACAGGGAGGAGGAGUGUAUGUUUCCUGCACGGUGCAGUGGGGUAGAACAUUUCCUGCUGGAGCUGCUCCCUGAUCUCCCCGACAUGGAUCUGGUGGUUAAUGUGCGAGACUAUCCCCAGGUUCCCCGCUGGAUGGAUCCUGUGAUCCCCAUCUUCUCCUUCAGUAAGACGUCGGAUUACAAUGACAUUAUGUACCCAGCCUGGACCUUCUGGGAAGGGGGACCUGCAGUCUGGCCCAUUUACCCCACUGGGUUGGGACGCUGGGACCUUAUGAGGGAGGAGCUGAAGAAGGCGGCGGAUCUGUGGCCUUGGGAGAAGAAAAUCCCCAAAGGAUAUUUUAGGGGCUCCAGGACCAGCCCCGAGAGGGACCCCUUGAUCCUCCUGUCCCGGGAAAGCCCCGACCUGGUGGAUGCCGAAUAUACCAAGAACCAGGCCUGGAAAUCGGAGCGGGACACUCUGGGGAGACCUCCAGCCAAAGAAGUUCCCCUGGUGGAUCAUUGUGCUUACAGGUACCUGUUCAAUUUCCGGGGCGUGGCCGCCAGUUUCCGGCUGAAGCACCUGUUCCUGUGUGGGUCGCUGGUGUUCCACGUGGGAGACGAUUGGCUGGAAUUCUUCUACCAUCGCCUGGAGCCGUGGGUCCAUUAUGUGCCGGUCAGUCCGGACCUUGCGGAUCUGCGGGAGUUACUGCAGUUUGUCAGUGAGAAUGAUGAGGAAGUGAAGAGGAUCGCAGAAAGGGGCCACACGUUUAUCAGGCAGUUCCUGCGGAUGGCGGACGUCUCCCAGUACUGGCGGUCCCUGCUGGCCCAGUAUUCCCAGCUGCUCCAGUACCGGGUCCGGAAGGGCAAAGACUACAGGGAGGUGACUGGGGGGUCCCAUCACUCUGAACUCUGACCUGGGAAUAAGCUGCUGCCCCCCCACUACCCCAGCUGGGGGGCUUCUGUUACCUUCCUACGGGCAACCUGUUCUGCUGCCCGGGGCAACUUUACCAACUGCCCUGGUGCCACUCAGGCCUGGGCCGAACUGCAUUGUGGGGGGACAAGUUGUACCGGGGGGGGGGGGGGGGUGCUCUGCCUUAAAUACCCUCUGUACUUACACUGUAGCUCCUUACGUACUGCCCUAUAUACCCCACUGUUGCCCCAUCUGCCCAUCCCUCACCUCCUCCCUGGCACAGAUACAGGGGCAAUAAAGCCCAGAAGCACCUACACAUUUCUCUAUGCACCCCCUGGGUACCCCCAUACCCACAGUGCCCACUCCCCCCAUGCACUGAGAAUUGGCACCUCGGGGGCGGAGUCUGGCCCUUCUCAGGGGGUAAUAAAGGGGAAUCAUGGAGGGUAGGAAGAGACUGGCCCCCAGGGGGCACUGUGGGUGUAAAUAAAGGAUGUGGGGGGGGGGGAGAUACAUGUAAUACUGUUACAAUACCCCUCGGGGGCCCAGAUACCCCAGUAUGGGGGGGUCUCACUUCUGGUUAUGGGGCCAAAUGGGUUUUACACAAAUAGAAAAUAAACAUUUUU